CUGUAUUGCAAUGUACAAUCCCAGUUUGAAAUGGACUAUUGCAUAAUUGAUAUCAGCACUCCCCUUUGGUUAAGGAAGUGAGCAAAGAUCAAUGGAAUUCUCUAGAGGGUAUGUUGUAAUAGUUUUGGAAAUCCUUGAGGAAUAGUCUUAAACAUUGGAGUUAUUCAGGGUAAACAAAGAAUUCAUGGAAUUUUAUUAGGAAAAAAAGUACUGUUCAAUAAGUUCCUCAGGGGUAAAUUCAUAUCUUAAGAAAGUCUCGCGGGUGAAUGCAGUCUAGUAGAAUUCCUCAGGAGUAAGAAGGAAGUUUAUUAUAUGUUGUCAACCGGGAAGAGGGUGUGGCUAUUAAAUGUGAUAGCCCAAUUUUUUUCUGCCAUUGAAGGAGGACAAAGCACACACAAUGACCGCACACAACAGCAUGCAAGGACUGGACAAAGCAAACAUGAUGUGAUUUUAUUUAGUUGGAUAGUAAACCUUUUAUUCAAUGGUUUACAUAUUGUAGAAGUAUAAUGGACAUGGGUGUUUUGCUCAUUGCUCGCCUAUACAUGACACCAUCCAACACAUGAUUGAUAGAACUCACAUACAAAAGUUAUUCAAAAUAACUUAAUCACCAGUGCCACUAACAAAAGGAGGGAUACAACAAUCUGUUAGUAUGCCAAGUUGUGGUGGUUGCUUUUUGCAUUACCUUGUAUUAAUUUUGUUUUUUCUGGCUUGACUGUUCAUUAGCCACAGGCAUGUGACUCAUUGUUUGUGAUAAAUAUAAACAAUUUGUUUCCUCUGAAAGGAUUUAUCAAAGAGAAGAGAUUCUCCUGAGGCUUAAAAUUCACAUCCAAUUUCUUCCUUAGAUCCUUGGAAGUUAUAAAAAUUGGCGGUUUUUCCACCCUUAAGUUUUUUUUUUUUCGUAACAGCUGAGAAAAAAAGUUCUGUCUCUGCUGUUUAUUGAACUGAUCAAACCAGAGAAAGAAGCUUUCAAUGUAUGUCAAGUUUUAAAUUUACACAAUAUUUCUAGUACAGCCACAAUAACCUAAUCAAUACUUUGUUACAGGUGUAAUUAUUAUUUUAUGUUAAUGUAACAUAAGGUUUCCUGAAAAAAUUGCUUCAUCUACCGUAAAAAGGAUAAAGGUUUUUGCUAACAACAGGAAGACUUGUUUUGAUAUCACAUGAGUUUAAGUGUUUGUGUUUUUCUGGUUGCAUUCAAAGCACAACCAUUUUGUUGUUGGAUGGAAUGCAGAUUCCGGGAUAUAUUAGCAAAAUCUGAAUGGUACCACUCACACCCGGGGGGGGUACUUUAGGAAUUUCUGGGUGGGGAUGUGCCGCUGGGACCCUGGAACCCUUAACCUAUACCAGAGCUAGUUCAGCUGAAUAUUGCUACCCUAUACUAGAGUAAACUCCCCAAAUCCCCCUAUCCUAGAGUAGCUGUUUACCUAGUCUAGAUAAAAUCUUCAACCAAAUGAUCAGUUUCCUGAAAAAUGAUACCCUAUUCUAGACAUUCUAGACCCAAACGCUCUGAUUUAUAUACCCUAUCCUAGAGUAAACUGCUUGAAAACCAUACCCUUCACAGCGGCACAUACCUAUAUAGCCCAUAUAUGGCAGUACCCCCCCCGGGCACUCACAGCAUCCACAACACUUGACAUAAGCAGCGUUGUUGUUAGGCAAUCGGCAUGUGCAGUAAAUAGGUAUAUUUUUGCCUACCACAGGAUGAACAAGCUCAACUGUAUCAUCAGUUGGUGGGAACUCGGUCAUCCUUGAAGACUCCAGGCAAUCAACAAGGUGCGGGCGCAUGGCUCUCUGGUCAUAUCUCUUGGUGGUGGGGUCACCACCAUGGCAUAGAGUGGUGGCAAAGGCUAUAG